AUGGAGCAAGCCUUUUCUUUCCCACAGUAUCCUGAAUCGCUUGGUAAUCGUGACUACAUGAUCAUACCUCCGUUACAAUGCAAUAGUCCGUGGCCGAUUUAUGGAUGUACAGCUCUUAAAUUACAAGACUCGAUCCUGCUACCGAAGCACUUGGGUUUACCUACUUUUCGUACUGCAUUAGACAAGCGAGAAACAUCUUUAUCCUCAAUUGGUUUCAAAGUCUCAAUCAAAGAAUCGGCAUAUCUCAAGCUUCUAUCACAAGAAAAGAUUGGGAGAUCGGUUAACCGUUACAUGACUCGGGCAUUCAUGCAACAUCAACCACCUUCUGCUUGGCGAGGAACAGGGGAUGAGUGGCGUAUGGUUCCUGGUUUGGCAUUACUGGCACUAUCAGAGCACAUGGGUCGUAGGGGUAGCAAUCGCGACUCUCGAGAUCCUAUAUCGGAUGAAACACGUGGAAGAUUUCGCCAAGCUAGCCUUUCAGCGGCUAAUCGAGAUUUGCAACCGACAAUCAAACGCACUCAGGUGCCUGAUCCUACAGGUCUCUGGUUUGGAUCAUCGUAUAGAAGCCAACGAUUUCUCCUGGGUUAUGAUCCUACAAUCAGCCGACAUGCAGUGUUGGUCAAGGACCUGAAUGGGAAUACCAUCUUAGAAAAUGAGCAACCCAAGUUAUUUUACGACUAA